AUGACACAGCUUCCAUCACUUCUCACCCUUUUGCCGCUGCUGGCUUGUCUCGUCACGACUCCCUUGGCUUCCGGUACAACUCUCGGUCGCGCACAACUCGGCUCAGCGGUCAUAUCAGAGCUACAUGAACGGGAGGAAGAGCUUGCACCACUUGCUCGGGCCAUCGCUCUCGCCAAACGAGACCCAACAGGCGGAUACCAGCCGUACGAAGUAUCAUGUCCAAGUGACAUUACCUGGAUUCGUGAUGCCGAUUCAUUAGGUAGUGGAGAGAAAGACUACUUGUCAAAGCGGUCCCAGUACCUGUCAGCCAUAAACACGAUGAUGUCUUCUCAUGGGCUGCCCAAACCGCCUAGGACCCCGGUAAUUGGAGCUGCACUGUCGGGAGGAGGAUACAGGGCCAUGAUCGUCGGGCUUGGCGGGGUCAUGGGCACAACGAACCAGUCUAGCGAAGCCGCCUCAUCUGGCGUCGGAGGCUGGUUCGACGGUCUAUCGUACAUGGCUGGGCUGAGUGGAGGAUCAUGGGGUACGGGAACCUUUAUGGCGAACGACGGGAUGUCACCUCUUGAUUUGGUUCAGCAAGUCUGGGACCUCUCUUCCAACCUCGUCUUUCCCGACAGCGACCAAAUAGCUUUCUACACCGAUUUGGUGUCUCAAGUAGCUGCCAAGAGCUCUGAAGGCUUCCCUACUCAAAUCACGGACUAUUGGGCCUUAGCAUUGGGCAAUCAUCUCCUGCCUGCUCCUUACCACCUCGACAAUUCUCCAAAUCUCACUUUUUCUCAACUUCCCUCUGUCGUCUCUGGAUUGAACAAUGCCUCCCUCCCCAUGCCGAUCAUCAUUGCCGCUGAGCGUGAACCUGGUGAAGUGGUCAUUGCUGAGAAUGCGACCAUGUGGGAGUUCACACCAUUUGAAUUUGGAGCUUGGAGCAUCGGGUCGGAAGACAAGACUCAAGGAUAUUUUACGCCUUUGGAAUACCUCGGCUCGUCUCUCAACAAUGGUUCUGCUAACGGGACCUGCUGGAAAGGGUUUGACCAGCUCACUUUCGUCAUGGGUACUUCCUCGACCUUGUUCAAUGCCAUCGUCCAGAGAAUCAACAGUUCAGACGCUACCGGGCUCUUGGCAAGCGCUAUUCAGGCUUUGGCCGGCGCGAUCAGUGAUGAUGAUGAAGACGUAGCCAGGAUCCCCAACUCCUUCGCAGGGUACCAGAACCAGACAAAUCCGCUCGCUGAUCUCGAGUAUAUUACUCUGUUUGACGCCGGAACAACCAAUCAAAAUGUCCCCUUGGAGCCUCUCUUGGUCCCCGAGCGUAACGUUGACGCCAUCAUCGCGUUUGACAACUCGGCAGACACGUCCUACAAUUGGCCAAAUGGUUCGUCCCUGUAUACAACCUACUCUCGAUCCAAGGAGCAAGCUCAAAUGGACAAUGUGCCUCUUCGAAUGCCCGCAGUGCCCAGUACGAAUGGAUUCGUGAACGGUGGUUGGAACACGAGACCCACGUUUUUCGGGUGUAACAGCACGGAUACGCCAAUUAUCGUCUAUAUUCCUCAGUAUCCGUGGAGCUAUUACUCCAACACAUCCACAUAUCAACUGGACUAUGACAAUUCCACAGCCCAAUCCAUGGUCAUCAACGGGAUGCGAUCCUUCACGCUCAAUGGCUCGGUUCCCACUUGGCCAAAAUGUCUAGCAUGCGCAUUGACUGAUCGAGCUUUCAACUACACGUCAUCAAAUAGAUCGACCGAGUGUCAACAAUGUUUCAAUACGUGGUGCUGGGACGGUACGGACAACACGACCCAACCUAACGAGUAUGCCCCGGAACUCGGUACAGUCCCUUCGUGGCUCGCCUCGAAGAGUUUGGUCAGCAACACGACCACCGUGACGAAUGGUGUCAGUCCUUCUACACACUCGAGUGGUGCUGCUCAUUCACUGGUCAGCGUGAGCGGCGGGCAUGCGACGCUUGGAAUUGCUGUGGGGCUGCUCGGGCUCAUCGCGGGCGGUCUGACGAUCCUAGCGUGA